AUGGCCGACAGCCUAGCAGACCUACAACCAUCCAGGAAGUGGAAGUGCCUUGGCUUAGACUGUGGAAAUGACGCUGGAGCUCUUCAAUGCCCAACAUGUCGGAAGCUAGCGAUAAAAGGCAGUUACUUCUGUUCCCAAGUUUGCUUCAAGAAGAACUGGAACCAACAUAAAUCUGUACACAAAAUCACCCCUCAGCCAGAUCCAGUUACCGGCUUAUACAAUCCUUUCCCGACAUAUUCGUUCACGGGCUCUGUUCGGCCCUUCUACCCGCUCUCUGCGAAGCGCCCUGUUCCCCAAUCAAUCGCACGGCCCGACUAUGCUGAGACCGGUAUACCCAAGAGCGAGCGGCGUUUGAAUAGGAUGAAAAUUGACACCCUGGACGCCAGGGGUCAGGAAGCAAUGCGUAUGGUUUGUAGACUGGCUCGAGAGGUACUGGAUGUUGUCGCUGCCGAGCUCAAGCCGGGUGUUACCACAGAUUAUCUUGACGAAAUUUGUCACAGAGCUUGUAUAGAACGGAAUUCAUAUCCAUCCCCCUUGAACUAUAACAAAUUCCCAAAGUCCCUAUGCACCUCUCCAAACGAAGUCGUCUGCCACGGAAUCCCCGACCAACGAAUCCUCCUCGAUGGCGACAUCCUCAAUCUUGACAUCUCCUUAUACCACGAGGGCUACCACGCCGACGUAAAUGAGACAUAUUACAUCGGCGAGCGAGCCAAGGCAGACCCGGACUCAGUCCGGGUCGUCGAAACGGCUCGCGAAUGCUUGAACGAAGCUAUCAAGCUCGUGAAGCCGGGCACGCCCAUCCGAGACUUUGGCAACGUCAUCGAGAUGCAUGCAAAGGCCAGAAACUGCAGUAUCAUGGCGACAUGGGGCGGUCAUGGCAUCAACACCAACUUCCACCCCCCGCCGUGGAUCCCGCAUUAUGCCAAGAGCAAGGCGGUUGGGGUUUGUAAGGCCGGCAUGGCUUUUACGCUUGAACCUAUCCUCGCGCUGGGGAGGGGAAGGGAGGUUUAUUGGCCGGAUAAUUGGACGAAUGUUACUGUUGAUGGUGGGCGUACUGCUCAAUUCGAACACACUCUGCUUGUUACGGACACGGGCGUCGAGGUCUUAACUGCGCGGAACGAAAAUUCUCCAGGAGGCGCGAUUCCAAUACCAACGACUGCUACUGAUUGA